ACUGUGGAGCAUAGAGUUGAUUGUGUACAUACGAAGGCAAAAAGUUUUAUACAAAGUUGGUUGACAUCAACAGAUGUCUGACAAUGCAUUGGAUAUGGAAUCUGAGGAUCAGAUAGAGGAUGGGGAGUUACUGAGAAGUCCACUGAAACAGUCUCCAAUACAGUUGUCGAAGGAAAUGGAUGACACGGUUUUCACAAUGUCAGAAGAGGAGGCAGAUGACACUGCAGAUUCAUUAGACAUUAAACCACCACAAGCUGCAAUUCUGCAUCAUCAUCAUCACAAAUCGAGCUCACGCAGUGGUGGAAGCACCAAGCGUGACAAGCACUCUGAAAGCGGACGCCGAGAUCAUGUUCAUCCUAACAAGUCUGAUGCGUCAUCGAGGAGAAAAACCCAUCACAGAUCUAGGGAGCACAGGGAGCGUAGAGAAGAGCGAAUCAGAGAGAAACAUCAUCACAGAGAGAGACGAGAACAGAUGCCUACCAGUCGUGGUGAGUCAAAGCGUUCUUCUGAUGGAAGAGGAGGUGGUAGCAGCAGCAGUAGUAAACAGCAGCAGCAGGAGAGGGGAGACCGUAUGUUGGAGGAUCUGCGAGAACGUCUUUUGGAUAAAAGAAGGGCCCAGGAAAGCUCUGAUAGAAGAAUUAAGAUGGAUCAACGAAGUCGACGCUCACAGCAACAACAACAGGAUAUGAUGAUGCAGCAACACCAACAACAGAUGCAGCAACAACCGCCACCACCACCAGUUAGACAUGAGACAGCACGGGAAAAAGCAGAGAGACUCGAAAAAGAGUUAAGGAAAGAACGGCUUUUGGAAGCAGACCGGGAAAUGGUUCGCCAGAAAGAGGUAUACAGGAGAGAACUAGAAGCCAGACGAGAGCGACGCCACUUAGAGAAAGAAAAAGAACGUACCUUACACGAGGUCAGCAUGAAGGGAGAGCGAAGUGAGAGCCGUGAGCGAAAGAGACGAAAGCUGGAAAGUGGUGAACAACAAAGUGAAUCUGAUGGUGAAGAUGUACUUGGUAAAGAUGAACUUAUGGUGGUUACUCUGUCAGAUGAUUCAGAUGGUUCACAAGAAGAAAGAAUGGAGACAAACUCAGGUGCAAAUGUUUCCGCAGGAGAAGGUGAUAUAGUAGUAGAAGAAGUGUCGAGUGGAGGUGAGGAAGCUUCAAGUGAUGUAGAAGAAGAAGAAGAUGAUGAUGAUGAGGAAGAAGACAGUGAAACGAGUUCUGGGUCAGAUGAUGAUGGAGCAGCAGCUGCUGAUACUGAUGACUCACGUGGACAUCACACUGAAAAUGAAGAAUAUGAAGGUAGUCCUGGAUCUGUAAAGAGGGAGCGGGAUAGUCCUGAGAGAGAAAGUCCUCCUGCAGCAGCUGUUGGAGUAAAUGAGAAAAAACCUACAAAAACAGAUGAGAAUGGCAUACCAUUCAUCAGUGAUUCGCCGAAGGCCGAGAAUGCAUUGAAAGAAGAAUUGCCCCCAUACCUCCCUGCCAUCCAAGGAUGUCGUAACGUGGAAGAGUUUCAGUGUUUAAAUAGGAUUGAAGAAGGGACGUAUGGUGUAGUGUAUCGUGCUCGUGAUAAACGAACCAGUGAAGUGGUAGCACUGAAAAGAUUAAAGAUGGAGAAAGAGAAAGAAGGUUUUCCAAUUACGUCACUAAGAGAAAUUAAUACACUUCUGAAGGCCCAGCAUCCAAACAUAGUGACUGUACGUGAAAUAGUUGUGGGCAGUAACAUGGAUAAAAUUUUUAUUGUUAUGGACUACGUGGAACAUGAUUUGAAGUCACUAAUGGAGACCAUGAAACAAAAGAAGCAGGUGUUUAUUCCAGGUGAAGUGAAGUGUCUUAUGCAGCAACUUUUGCGUGCAGUAGCCCAUUUACAUGACAACUGGAUAUUGCACCGUGAUCUCAAGACAUCUAAUCUACUACUGAGCCAUAAGGGGAUACUGAAGGUUGGCGAUUUUGGCUUGGCUCGUGAAUAUGGUUCUCCGCUGAAACCGUAUACUCCAGUAGUUGUAACACUUUGGUAUCGAGCACCGGAACUACUACUGUGUACAAAGGAAUACUCAACGCCUGUCGAUAUGUGGUCAGUGGGCUGUAUAUUUGGUGAAUUCUUGUCAAUGGAAGCACUUUUUCCAGGGAAGACUGAAGUAGAUCAGUUAAACAGGAUAUUCAAGGAUCUGGGCACUCCGAAUGAGAAAAUUUGGCCUGGUUACAGUAAGCUUCCUGCUGUUCAGAAGAUGACAUUUGCUGAAUAUCCUGUAAAUCAGUUGCGCAACAGGUUUGGUGCUAUGAUUACUGAUGUUGGUAUGGACCUUAUGAACAGGUUUUUAACAUAUGACCCAGCACAACGCAUCACCGCCGAAGCAGCCUUAAACCAUGAUUACUUUAAGGAGGCACCUUUACCUAUUGACCCUGCUAUGUUUCCAACAUGGCCAGCAAAGAGUGAGCUUGGACAUCGCAAAGCAGCUGCUGCUUCUCCUAAACCACCACCUGGUGGUCAUGAAUAUAAGCAACUAGGAGAUGAUGAAGAAGUCCCUGCUGGUGGGUUUCACAUGGGUGUUGUUGAGAAAGGACGUGUUGCAGUUGGAGCUGGCUUCAGCCUGAAAUUCUGAAUUACUGGAAACACAGAAUUUACCUUUGUGUUUUCACGAAGGUUAUUUGAUUCUGUGCAUCAUUGAUUAAGGUUAACAUUGUCGUGAAAUUAGUGUGAUGGCGGUAUCAGUGGAACUUAAUUUAUGCUGAACUUAGGUAAUUCCGAUAAACAGUUUUACAUAUUUUUUUACCGUGUAAUUAUAAAUAACUAUUUUGCUUGGUUUUAAUACUCUACAGAAAACUUUUUUCUUUGUUAAAAUGUUCUUUCAGUAUUUAAAAUUUUCAUGUACAUGUGAACCUUCCUGUUAUGUCUUAUUUUUUGCUGUCUAGACCCUCUGUUUUAUUACAUUUGUAUGUGGUAGUCACUAUUAAAAUGUUUUUGUGUAUUCUCUUACAAAUCCAGCAAGAAAUUUGUAAUUCUGUUAUGAGACAUUACUUAUAGAUGUUGCUGUUUAAAAUCUGACAAUCCUCACUAUUUUCCCACAUUUGCAACAGCAAAACCAGUAAUAUACAUUUUUUAUUGAUUCCUGUAAAAAAGUACAUUUAAAUUUUCAGUCAUUUUUUCAGCUGGAUGGUUAGCACAAAGGAGAUCAAUUAGCCAAACUGAAGACUGAAGCAAAUAUUUGGACAUUUCUUGAGUAUUCUUCUUGCUGUAACACAAUCAUAAUGAAGUGGUUUAAAAUGUUAUAUGAUGUGCUGCUGCCACAUGGUCCUUCAUAAAUUUGGGGAGAAACAACUGAAUGCAAAUCUGAUUCAGCAAACGUACUUAAAGAAAAAACUGUUGUUAGUAACUGACAUGGAAAACCAUAUGAAACUAUUGUGCGUCUAUCUCAUCCUCGUCAAAAUCUUCUGCAUUCUUAAAUACAAGUAGUAAAAGAAAAAAAUGCUGAAUGUGUUCAGAGAGCAGAAAAAGUCAUAAACCAGAGAAUCAUGAGCAAAUAUCCCCACAUCUUUCUUCUUAUUUGUAUUUUUUAGAACAACCUUUUUGUCUCUGUGCUCAUAAGGCUAGUCUUUUUACGUUUCAACCAAACUCAUGCUAACAGUGUGUGCCUAUUAACAUUGGAAAAACAAAAAGAAAGCAAAUAUAUUGACUGCUGUAUUUAGUAUGCUCUGCAACCUAUUGGGAGCCGUUUACAUUUAUGUAAUUUGAGAAUAAAAGUUGAUGGAAUAGUUUGAAAGGUGUGUUGUUACAUAUAAUUUUUUAUAUUUGAUAUUUUCUCUCAAAUAGCAAUGACUGAAAAUAGGAUAGUGUGACUAAGUAAGGGAUUGGAAAAUUAGUGCUCUGCAGAUUCAUGUAUUAAUGGAACACUGAAUGUUUUGUCCCAUUUAUGCAGCUUGUGGUAGAACUGAUUUUCAUUUAUUUCAUAUUAGUUGUAGAAUUCUUUUCCCUUAAUUUUCAAAAUGUGUCACGUUAAAAAUUAUAUGCAUUUGUUCAAUGUCACACUCUUGAUAUUAAAAGAAGUAUUGGGUAUUGAUAUUCCAAAACUAGCAAUGGGACUUCAGUUUUUCUCUGCUUCUUGGAAUUUUGGCAGCAAGUUUUGCCUGCCUUUCAGCUCACCAUUUUGCAACCCAUAAUUUCAAUUCCCUCUUUUGGUACGUCAAAGAUUCAAUUGUGUUUUUAGAAACAUUUAUUCACUCUCCAGUUAUUGCCCAGCUGCUCCUGCAGAUGAGGUGUUCUAACCAUUAGCAUUCUUUGUAUGUAGUUGGUUUAUAGUUGUAUUCCUUAGAAGCAUAUUUUGAGAGAUGGCAAAUCCCAUCACUGAUUUAGGUUUUUCUGGCAUGAUUGUUUGUUCUUUCUUCUAAGAUUUCCACCAAACUACACCCAAUCGUGCUCUUAAUGGUGACACAUGAAUUAGAUGUCUCACUGUUAAAAUCAUUUUGGCUGUUGUGAAAGGAGGACUAAUACUGGUUAUGAUGCUCUGCUGAUAUCAUCUAGAAACCUCUGAAAAAUUCUGUGUAAAACUAUGAAAACACAGGAGAGAUGUUUCUUUGCCUCACAUGCAGAUACUGAGAAAAUGUAUGUUUCAUGUUGGGGAGUAAUGACAGCCAUGUUGUGUGAAAAUAGAGGACCAUGCAAAUCAAAUGACAUUUUGAUAUUAGACCAAGAAGAAAGAAAAAGUAGUAUAAACAUGAUUGUUAGCAGCUGAUAACUGACACAAAUAUUUCACUGUUAUCUGAUUACAUAUUGAAAACAUUCUAAACUGGUUAAAAUAAAUAAUUUGAGCUCAUGAAAAAUCACACAUUCUAUGUUUUAAUGUGAGAGAGAAGUUAGAUAAAUGCAGACCUAAUUUUUUUCCAGUCUUCAAAGAAAAAGAUAUGAAAAUAUGGUAUUUCUCCUUACGCAAAUCUCUGCCCCAGUGCCUCAUUUUCUGGAAUAAUUUUCUUUCUCAAAAUUCCAAACUUUGUUUCUUUGCAGUGCAGAUUAAAGAGUUAGUUUUAUUUAUGUCUAUGAAUUCCUUUUUCAAAUAGUAUUUUUCCAUUUCAGUCUUGACACAAAUAUUUAAUCAAGACCAGAACUGCAUUCCAUGUUUCAGUUGUAUUUUGAAUGUGAUAUUUUUUCAUUAUUUUGGCUUAGUUCCAUUAUCAAGGGCUUCUGAAACACAGUUACAUCAAUUUAUUACAUAUAAAUUGCCACAGCAGAAACUUAUUUUGGAAAUUACACAGAUUGUAAUGGCUGAUAGCAGGAGAAACUGCUUAAUGUUAUUUUGCAAUGUGUGGUGAGUUGUAGUCAGUAUGUGGUGUUUGUGGUUCUCCUUCAUGUCUGGUAUUUCAGGAAUUGAGUGACUUGUUUCAAUGCUUCAUAUUUCAAAAAUAUUUUAUUCAGGAAGUGAUAAUUCUAUAACUGUACCAAUAUUGGCAGUGAGACUUUGUUGCCACAGAAAAAGUCUUGUCGUGAAAUUUAUUAUUGAUUAUUUACAUAUAAGGAACUCUGUGUAAACUUUGAUGAGUAAGGACGUAGUGACAGAAAUAUAGUUCCUAUUACAAAGUAUCUUGUGUCUAUUUUUAUCAGCUAUGUAUAGCACUAUCAGUUAUCUGUCAUUGCAAAAAUUGCUUGUUAAUGUGUCAUACUCUAGGGAAAAAUUGCAAGCAGUACAUAACAGGUUUGUAGUAAAACAAUGAUCUCUUUGUGUUGUUACAGAAUUUUCUGAAAAAAUUGUUAUAAUGAUUCUUUGUGACAUAUUAUCGAAAUAUGUAUCUGUUGUAAAUAAA